GUCGAUAUGAGACAUUAUUACACACCCUCUCAUGGUAAAGCACCUCUCUAUAUUAUAUAUUAAAAAAAAGGUCGACAACCCCCUCACAACAGGACACUUCUGAAUAAUCCGUACACUAACUUAUGGUCAUGGGUCAUACAAAACUCUAACUAGGUUUGUGGAGAUCAUGGCACCUGUAUUCUCUCGAGAAUCAUGGCGAUGCGUUUGGAGCUUGAUUCAGAAUGAUUUGGUACACGGAUGGGGUCUGGAUUUUGCAUUGUGGAGAUGUGUGGAAAAGGCACAUGAGAAGAUUGGAGUUGUGGAUGCUCAAUGGAUUGAGCAUUUGGUACUGCCCUCACUUGGAAGCCAGGGAGAGUCCAUCGAUGGAAAGCAACCAUGGGAAGGGGUACGGGCAAGGUGCUUCAAGGAAUGGAAAGAAUUUGAAAUCAGAAUGAAUAAAGCAGAAAAGAACCACUCGAAAUGGAGCUCACAUUAACAAUCUCAUCAUCUGUGUCACAUGCCACUGGUGAGAAUGCAGAGAUAGGCUAGUAAGCUUCAACAUGGUUUUUGUUCCAAAUAGUCAUGCCCCCCC